AUGCCGCAUUCUAGAAACAUAGCCGUGUACUUAGACUCCGCGACCGCAGGAGAGCCACCUUGGACAGCUGCGCGCUGCAACAGACUGCUUCGCCCCGUUACGGCGCAGAUUAGAGUUGUAAGGGAGCUCGUCUACCCACAGCUGCACGCAAGCGCGGCGUCUUCAUCGGCGCCUUCGUCCAAGGAUGAGCCGCCCUCGUGCGCCAAGCAGCAGGAUGACGAAGAAACAGAGGGCGCCGGCCGUCGAAGGGGCGUCGACGAUCCAGACUGGAUUCCAAAUGCUGCUGAGAAAAAGGGAAGCAAGCGUAUUUACAGCAACCGCACCUCCAAGGCCGAAGCGCGCCCGGCGCUUCAUGCACGCAAGCCUGGCGAGAUCUCCAUGCCCACGCCUCUGAUCGUCCGCCAGGUCAGCUUGAACGGCUCUCCACGCGCAGCAUCUCCAAAGCCUGCUAGUGGCCAGUCUUUACAGACUCCCAAGAAGCGCGCCUUCUCGAUGCUGAACCGUAGUCAAAAUGGCAGGGUUAACAAUAGAUUGACCAUUCAGCAGCGGCGGCACAUUGACCGCCUCUUGCAGGCAUUCCGGACUCUACUUCACGCAACGCAAAGUCAAGGGAGGAGCCGGGCAACGAGAACUGGUACGCGCUCGUUGAUGUCUACCUGCCUGCGCCAGGUCCCUGUCUACAUCGAAGGCCGACAGGAAUGGGAGGAUGAGGAGAACGACCACAAGGUGGAUGCCAGUGAAGAAGUCUACGAGGAGCUCGAACAAAUGGGAACGGCCGCGGGUUGGCGACCUCUAAGGGAAGUCACGCGUGCUCACGGGGUUGCUCUUGUCACGGCGGCUGUUGAAGACGAACUUCUGGACAUUAACCACAUAAAGGAGCUUGUUAGUUUGUGUCGCGAGUCGCUCGCUUACGACGAGGCAGAGGGUAUCCUGACCGCAUUCAUGUCCGCCACAGCACCAUUCCCGCCGCCGAAGACGGCCAAGGACGACUUCAUCUACUCCGACGCCCGACAGUUCAGUGCCAUCGCUACGGCCUACGCUUGGGCAGAGGCAGUGGAAGCAUGGUCUUUCUUCUACCGCUUACUACGCAGCAUGCUGACCUCCAACCUUCUUUCCGUUGAGUGGACCGCAACCAUGCAAUUCAAGGCUGUCUGGAGUAGGAUUAUUCAACACAUCUCCAAUGCAAGGGACCCGGCCCACGCAGAAGCUUGCAGACUCGCCAAUGCCUUCCUUCCCAUUGCGUGUGGCAAAGCCUUGGUCCGCAUCAACGAGGAGUCUCCGGGCUCGGAAGCCAAUUGUGCACAGCCAACGGGCGUGAGCAGCGCGGUAAAGAAUGCCUUGAACACCACCGUUGCAUCUCUAUCGGCUAUUUUCGCAGCGAUAUGUCUCCUUCCGGACAGAGAGGCAAGCUUUGGCAGAAGAGGCAAAGAUGCGAUCCAACAUACGCUCGAAAUGACUGCUACAGACAUCACCACGGACGUUCUCGAAGGCCAUUUCGACGACGCGAUUUCCGGUUCCAGCUCGAUCAUCGAGCGGUUGAGCAAUGUCCUUACAUGUGCUAUCAUUGUUGGUGUUUGCACAUUCGAUCGCGAUCCGAACAUGGCCGCAGCGCCGGUUCCACUCUACAUCAGAGCAUUGGCACGGCUUGAAGGGAUAACCCAAGAACAGUUGCUGAAUCUCCCUGGCAUUGUUUGCUCGGUGGCUGAAACGUGCGGAAAGGCGUAUUAUCCGAAGACGACACAGAACGUUUUUCUAGUCCUAAGGUCAACUGUGGAGGCGCUAAAGUCCUAUCGGCUGUCAUCCUUCGAUGACGGCAAAUUCACUGGACCCACUGCUUCCAGCAGAUGGGGGAUCGAUUGGGCUUCUUCAUGGAUCUUGAAACGCCUAGCUCUAGAUUCUGCCCACGAGUUUGCGAAUCGAUCUCGGGGCCCCGAUUUCAGCGACGGCGGCGAGUAUCUGCGGUACACGCUCGAAAUCGAGAAGGAAAUGGAAAACAUCCAGAUGCCACAGCACAACAUCACAUUCUUCCACAAAGACGCCGACUACCACGCCGGGUACCGUUGGGACUCGGGCAUCUCGGAGUGGGUCGAGGCCACGCCUCUCGUGCGCAAGUCUCUCACGCAGCCCGCGGCCGAAGCCGAAGCCUCCCCUCCCGAACCGCCAUCGACAUCGACGCCAGCGAAAUCAUCGAAGGUGGUGUCGACUCCAGCGCGCCCCACGCUAUCACAGCUCCUCAUGGCGCAGAGCCCCGACGUCCUCGGCAUCAAGACGCCCGCCGCGGCCUUUUCCCAAAGGAUUGCUGCCGCCGCUUCGGCUCCUCCCAGCACGCCCGUGAUGACCAGCACUCCUGCCGCGCUCAAGGUUCUGCGGAACGAUGAUGAUGAUGACGAAACGGCGUCUGAAGGCACCCCGUCCGUCGAUAGUUCUGGAGGGUACGAGACUGAUGAGCUCGCCCUCACCAGUCCUGUCCGGCAGGCGAGUCCAGACCGGCUGCCCGCAAGCAAGCGGGCAAGUGAGAGCGGCGGCGGCGCUGCUGCCAUGGCUAGAAGCCGCUCGACGACGGUUGCUACAUUGAGCGCAGCGUUGGGCUUGGAUGGCGCCGAUGACAGCGAGGAUGAGCUCAGUUUCCUGUAG